UUUAUCCUACAGAAAUCUUUGGUGUAUUCUUCUCCGUUAAGGAAACAUUACCAAGUAACAAAGCAACAUGUCAAACCAACAACUUUCCGAUUUCCAAAAGAACAAAAUCCUUCGUGUCUUUAACACAUUUUAUGAUUGCAACCACGAUGGGGUGAUAGAGUGGGACGAUUUUGAACUUGCCAUCAAGAAAAUCUGCGACUUGCAUUCAUGGCCAACUGAUGGUCCAAAACAUAACGAGGCGAGGGAAACCUUAAAAUUGAUAUGGGACGGUCUAAGGAAGUUUGCCGAUGAAAACGAGGAUGAACAAGUGACGAAAGACGAGUGGCUGCGAAUGUGGACCGAAUGUGUGAAGAGCGUCGAGAAGGGGGAAAGUUUGCCUGAGUGGUUAACUAAAUAUAUGAACUUUAUGUUUGACGUCAAUGACACCUCAGGCGACAAUAUUAUUGAUAGACAUGAGUAUAGUACCGUGUACACAUCAUACGGUAUUCUCAAGUCUGACUGCGAGGCUGCAUUUGAUACUCUCUCUGAUGGCGGCAAGACAAUGGUGACGAGGGAUAUAUUCAAACGACUUUGGACUGAGUAUUUCAUCUCAAACGAUCGUAAUGCCAAGGGAAAUUAUCUGUUUGGAACACCAAGCUUUUAAUAGCAACCUCUUAUUUUUACUUCCUUUAAAUACAGAGCGAAACUUUAAAAAAAAAAUGACACAAGAAACAAAUAUAUCAAAAUGAACAAAUAAAUAUUAAAAUAAAUAUUAAUUAUAAUUAUUAUAAAAAUCAUCAAAAUCUUACAGAAAUCUUAUCUCAAUAACGCUAUUAUAACUAGCAAUCUAAAUGCUAGCAGUCAUAUCUAUUUAAAAAAUAGCUAUAAUAAUAAUAAUAAUGAUAGUGAUCUUAAUAAUUUUAAAAUCAUCAUAAUGUCGAUGAUUGUAAUAUUUUAAGAACUAUUACAACAAUAAUAAUAAUGAUUAAAAUAAAAAUAACAAGAAAAACAAAAACCGUAAUAAUGAUAAAAAUAAUAAUACAAUAAAAAGUAUUAAUAGUAAUUAUAAUAACUAAAAUGAAUAUUAAAAUUUUAUCAAAACUCUUAUGAAGAAUUGUACUUAAAACGUCUUUAAUAAUUGUGUAUCCAUUCCAUUAUUUUCAACAAAUUUAAUAACAGUGUAUAUCGGAUGUCAUUAAUAUUUUAAUGUUCAUUUACUCGCAUUUAUUCUAUUAUAUUAUUAUAUUCAAAUUAAUCAAUUAAUUGAUUGCAUGAAAUAAUCAAACACGCAUACACGCACACGUGAACUAGCACGCACAUCUACAUUCCCACGCGUAUUUACACACACACACACACAUGCGAGCACACUAA